AUGAGAGAAUUAUACGGCAAUUCCGUCAGCCGGGAACACAUUGGCCGCCGUAAAGCCGUUCCCGUCAUCUAUCUUCGAGGUUCCCAUUAUGAAGUGGGAUAUGAUGUGGGUCGGAACUUUGCCUCGGUCAUCCAAAGUUUCCUCGAAACCUUCCAGGGGUUGAAGAGCUUUGAAAAAGAAUACAAAACAGCCUCCGGUCGCAACGCUUAUGACAAGACCUUGGCUAAUAUGAGACAGAGAUACCCACACUACGUAAAGGAAAUCCAAGGAAUAGCUGACGGGGCCAACGUUUCAUUCCAUCAGCUGUUCCUGCUCCAUAUGGACGACAUAAUUGAAACAGUUAAUGAAAAUAGCGCAUCGCGUUAUGAUAGAGGUGGCUGCAGCGAUAUCGCUUUCAACACUCCAGCUAAUACUGUAAUCGGCCAUACAGAAGAUGCCCUAAUGGAAACAUUAAAUCACUUCUACAUAAUGUCAGCUCAUGUCAUACCGACUCCCGAAGAUAAAGAACACGGUGCUGUCGAAGAGAGAUUCGCUUCGCUCUGCUACGCCGGUCAACUCCCUGGCUACACAAUGGGCUUCAAUGAGAACGGACUGGUUUUUACCAUCAACACCCUGAGCCCACAAAAUCUAAAACCCGGAAACACCCCACGGACUUUCAUUACUCGAGCCUUAUUGGCGGCAAGGGAUCCAGCCGAAGCAAAUAACAUACUCUUAGAUCAAGGUCUUGGUAUCGGCAAUGGCUUCUCGACUAACAUGAUAUGGACGAAUGCCAAGGGAGAACGCCAAUUAUUGAACAUAGAAGUGGCGCCAGAUCUAAAAAACGACAAAUCGAUUAUAAAUGUUCAAAAGUACGAUAGCGAACCACUGAUGCACUGCAAUGCAUACCUGCGUGAGCAAGUGCAGCAAGUCACUGGUGCCAUAAUCGAUAGCAGCAGGGCUCGAAUGAAAGCCAUCCGCCAGCACCUGCCACCGAAGAGUAGAUCUGACAUCGAGGAAAUCAUUUCGGACACUACGUACCAAGAAUAUCCCGUGUUCCAAACAAAUGUUGAUGCUCAAAUACAAACCAUUGCAGCAGGUAUAUUUGAUAUGAAUGCAAGUACUUGGAGCAUUUACAUUGACAAACCAAACGAAGCGGAGCCGGUCGCCAUUUUACCUAUGAGAUUUAUAAUGUUGAAUAAAUCU